AUGAUUUGUUCAAUAUCUGGAGAACAAACAAUUGAACCGGUUAUAUCACCUAAAAGUGGAUGUAUAUUUGAAAAGAAACAUAUUAUAAAUUAUAUUAAACAGUUUGAUAAAGAUCCAAUAAAUAAUGAACAAUUAACAAUUGAUGAUUUAAUACCCAUUAAUCAAUUAAAUAAUCAAAAUUUAAAUUCACCAGUUACUGAUUCAAUACCUUCAUUAUUAUCAAAUUUACAAAAUGAAUAUGAUUCAAUAGUAUUGGAAAAUUUCACUUUGAAGAAACAAUUACAAUUGGCAAAACAAGAAUUAUCAAUUUCAUUAUAUAAACAAGAUGCUGCUAUAAAUGUAGCAGCCAAAGCAAUUCAAGAACGAGAUGAUGCUAGAAUGGCUCUUGAAAAAUUAACAACUACAUUAGUUGAAGAAGAUAAAAUUGAUGAUAUAGAUCAAGCAAAACAGGAAUUAUUUCAAAAACAUAAGUCACAAAAGGUAAAAAUUGAAUUAAAUGAUAUAGUGUAUGAAAUGGAUUCAGAAGUGAAAUAUAAAAAGAAAAUAAUUGACUUUUAUUAUAAUAAUGAGAUUGAUGUAAUUGUAGGCAAACAAAAAGAUAAAUUGAUAAUUUAUAGUAUCAAUGGUGAUGAAAUAUCAAGUAAAACUGCACAUGCUGAUCAAUUUACAAUUAAUAAUAAUCAACUAAUAGCAUACCUGAAAGCAAAUAUAAUAUUUAUUGAUGAUAAUCAGAUAAAACUUCCAUCCCAUGUCGAACAAAUUAUAAAUCAUCCAUCAUUAAAUCUAUUCAUCAUACUACAACAAAACUCAUGGUCAAUUAUUAAUACAGAAAAGGUGUUAGUUAAUUAUAAGGAUACAAUCUCACACGGCACAUUACAUCAAGAUGGUGAAAUACUAGCUGCUAUAAAGCAAGAAAAAGUUUAUAUAUUAAGUAUAUCCAACGGUGCAGAAUUAGGUUCCUAUGAUUCACCAUUCAAGGUAGUUAGAAUACGAUUUGCAUCUAAUGGGUAUUGGCUAUUAAUUCAAUCAAAUAAUCAUGAAAAUUCAACAAUUCAGAUUAUAGAUUUAAGAAAAUCAAUCGAAAUUUCAAAGAUCGAAAUAGUAGAAUUGAUAGAUGAUUUUAUAAUUGAUCCAACUUCAAAUUUAAUAAUUACUUGGACUAAAACACAUUGUAAAUUAUAUCGAUUUAUGAAAAAGGAUAAAGAGUGGAAAUUGAUAAGUCAGUUUGAUUUAAAGGUUAAUAAUUUGGAAUUUGUAUCUACUGUUGUUAAAUUAUUACAGGGUGAACCGAUUCAACUAUUAUCAAUUGAUAUUAAAUCAAAUAAAUUUAUAAAAUCUUGUAUAAUUAAUAAAUAA